UAGUCAUUCAUAACCAUGGUGGCUCUCUUCGAAGUCGUCCUCGCUCUAGUGCUGGCUUUCUUGUUGUCCACAUCGUCCGUGGCUCACCCGGGCCUCGGCUUCGGUUGGGGUGGAGGGUCCAGUGGAAGUGGCGGGGGUCAUGGCCUGUUUCCCGAAUACUAUCUUUACACGUGCCCUCAAGUGAAUGGCAUUGUUGUUUCGGUGCUGGAGCAAGCCAUCGAAAGGGAACCGAGGAUGGCUGCUUCCCUGCUCCGGCUUCAUUUCCACGACUGCUUCGUGCAGGGAUGUGAUGCAUCAGUUCUGCUGGAUGAUAGUGUGUCCAUAGCCAGCGAGAAGAGGUCGCUGCCUAAUGCAAACUCCCUCAGGGGGUUUGAAGUGAUAGAUGAAAUCAAGGCCAAGUUGGAAGAAGCGUGCCCGGGCAUUGUGUCUUGUGCAGAUAUCGUCGCCCUUGCAGCCCGUGGAUCUACUGUUCUGAGCGGUGGUCCAAAUUGGGAGCUCCCUCUGGGAAGGAGGGACUCUAGAACAGCAAGUCUUACGGGCUCUAACAACAACAUUCCCCCUCCAAACUCCACAAUCCAAAAUCUUAUCACGCUCUUCCAGCGCCAAGGCCUAAAUGAAGCCGAUCUCGUCGCGCUCUCAGGAGGGCACACAAUUGGGGUAGCGAGGUGUUCAAGCUUCAAGCAGAGGUUGUACAACCAGAAUGGUAACAACCAACCUGAUGCGACUCUAGAGAGGAACUACUACCAGGAUCUGAAAUCAGUUUGCCCUCGGUCAGGCGGCAACAACAACAUCUCACCCUUGGACUUUGCUUCCCCAGUCAAGUUCGACAACACCUACUUCAAGCUCAUAUUGUGGGGCAAAGGCCUUCUCACUUCGGAUGAAGUGCUCUUAACUGGAAAAGUCAGGAACUCUAUGAAUCUGGUCAAAGCCUAUGCCGAAGACGAGAGCCUCUUCUUCCAGCAGUUUGCCAGGUCCAUGAUCAAGAUGGGUAACAUCAGCCCUCUCAUUGGGUUUAACGGCGAAGUUAGAAAGAAUUGUCGCCAGGUUAAUUAGUCAAAUAGAAAGCAUAAUUUAUCUAAUGCGGUGAUAGUGCUUGAGAUGGCCAUUUAAUGCUUCCCAGAAAAGUUAAACCCAAGUUGUGGAUGUGGUACUUGUAAUGCCAGCUUUAUGAAUGAAAUGCUUGAGUAAUGCAGAUAGCAACAUUCUA